UUACACAGGUAGAGUGUCUAACACAGCAUUCAAGAAAUAUUAGCUAAUGUCAUCUUAUUAUCUUUAAAAAAUACAGAAUGUAACAUUCAGAGAUCAUCUACCGAGUUCACAUCAAGGCUCCAAGGCACCAUUAGUCGGGGUAGAGAGAGCCAGAGACGAGCUUUGAACCUUGCCUUCAUGGUGACCUUGAGCAAGUAACUCAGCCUCCCCGAACCUCAGCUGUAAGAUGGGGCCAAGAACACCCCUUGCCCACUGUCGUGAGGACCCAGUGACAGUGUGAGAAGCCCGCCUUGUUUGUGGGGCUGCUCACACAUGUGGCUUCCCCUCCUCUUACGACGUUGGUGUGAUUUUGUCAGAAACCAAAGAAGGGGGUCUCUGCCCCAGGACUUUUUUCCUGCCCCAUCAGGAGCAGGGCCAGGAGCGGUGAAACUGGGGCCCCAGGAUGGGUCCUUGCACAGCUUCCUCCAGAAGGGCCCUGGGGUUCACCGUGGGUCAGAGGAAGACAUUCCUGUGUUAUGCACUGUAAGUGCCUGCUCAGGGAGGGGACGGGAGGGGAGGGGAGAGACCGUGCCCUGACCCUGCAAGGGAGGCAUGUCGCCACCCCCCUGUGUUUGUACUACUGGGACUUUGGAGGAUCUGGGGCAUUGUUCCUCUAAGAGGCGUUGGUCUCAGCCCACUGUCAGCCCUGGGGGGGAGGAUCGUCACUCCAGGCCUGGCAGGUUUUAUUAAUCACCUUUUUGUCAGUUUUGAUCCUCUACUGAGAGCGAGAAGAGAGGGAGAGCCUGAGAGCUCCUGCUUUGGGCUGAAUCACACAGCUUUUCAGAGAGAGGGAGCGCUGAGCUGUCAGUUUGGGGCAGGAGGGCUGGGCAGGGUCAGAGGUCAGCCUGAAACCCUGGCUUCCCUGUGAGACCCCAAGCAUGCCGUGGCCCCCUCCCUGGUGCUGACAGCUGCUGGAUGAAACACAGGCCUCCUUCCCUCCCUGCAGAAGACGAAGGGCAGGAAACCCUGACUCUGAGCCUUGUUUCCUGGCUUGCUGAAUCAGCAAAGGGGUUCUCGGGAUCACUUCGAGCCUGGGUCACCCUACCCUAGUCCUUAGCUUGGUGCAGACCCCCUGGCUGCUGUGGGCUAGCAGGCUACCCCCGAGAGGCCAUUCAUGGUAAGUCUGGCCACCUUGGUGAGUGGGAGUUGUAGCCGGAGUCCAGAGUUCUCUAUUCUUAGCCCUGGAAACUUCUCCAUUUAACUUGGGCUCUGAGAGGCCACCUCUAGGCCCUUUUAUUCGGGCCUGAAGCCUUCUCUGGCAGGGAGAUUAAGCAGUCCCUGAGUUUUAGCUACAUCUGAGGCUCCUCGGCAGAGACUAUAUCCUCCCAUGUGGCUCUUGGUCAAGCGCUCACAAGCUGGACAGAUGUCCCGUGACCGGGGGGCUAGAAGGAGCCCUGUCAGGCAUUCCAAGACUUCCUUUCCGGGCUCAACCAUGCCUCGAAGGCAGCUGAUAUAAGGGUAUGAUUGAACCCCGGGGGCAGUCUGAUCCAGCCCUUCUCAACUCCAUACCAUUGACCUUUUGGGCUGGGGAAUUCUUUGUUGUGGGGGCUGUCCCGGGCAUGGCAGGAUAUUUAAUAGUAUCCCUGGUCUCUGUCCUCUAGAUACCUGUGGGAUCCCCCUGUUGUUGCAACUGAAAUGUCUCCAGGCAUUGUCAAACGUUCUCUAGGGAGAAAAAGAGCUCUUAGCCGAGAUCUUCGAAUUAAUCUAGGGGGGCAGAAGUGGGAAUCGUGGUCUCAUUAGGGGCAGGGGGUGUAGGUAAUUGACUGGGAAAGGGUACAGGGCGCUUUAUGGAGUGCUGCAAAUGUUCUGGGUGCUGGGUACAUGUGUUUGAGGCUUCCUACAUAGGUAAGCAUGCAUGGAGUUGGACACAAUUAGUUUGUACAAUUUACCAUAUGAAUUAUAUACCUAGAAAAGGAGUCUUUGUGUCAGUGUGAACCCAACUUGGGUUUUAGUUCUGACUACUCUUAAGCCUUGGUUUCCCCCUGUGUAAAAUGGGGUGACUUGUAGGACCUGCCUCACCAGGUUGCUACAAAGAUUGAAUGACACAGCGAGUAUAUGUAGCUCUGUGCCUGCUUAUGGUGAGGGGUCUGAGUGUGUUCUCUGUCAUGUUAUGAUGUGCCAGGCUGCUUGCUUCUGUAUUCUGUGCCUCAGUUUCCCCCGCUGUGUUAGAAGGUCCCUAAGUUCCCUUGUCACUGGGACUUUAUCGGAUUGUCUUGGCGCUCCCCUGUUGCCCGCCAUCAGCCUAAACAGCUACAAGGGGGUCAAUUCUACAGGACCAAGCCAAGUUUGUCCACAGAUUCGCUGGGAGCACCGGAGUAGGAGAAAUGCUGAGAAGGAUGUAGAACAUCCUAGUCUGAGGGUUUAGAAAUAGAAAGAAGGGGGCUGAGGGCUGCCCGGUGUAGGAGAGAUGUCCCUCGUCACCUCCCCGCUUUCCAGGCUGAGUGGAGGACUGGUAGAGGGGCCAGAAGAGCAAACCCUCUGUCCCCAUUCUAGUACUGGGUGGAGCUGAGAGCCUGUGGAGUGAGCUCCCUAAGUGCAGAGCUGAAGUGGAAUUCAGCUGUCAAAAGGGUAGUCUCAGGCAGAACACUGUGCCCUCUGAAUCAUCCCUUUUGUUAAGGAUUUAAAAAAAAAAAAAUAAAGCCACCCCCAAAGGCACAACCCACCUUGGAGAGCAGAGGUAACUGGGCUUGUGGGAAACAGAGUGCAGCUGGCAGCAGUCAGAGGGUGGGGAAGGGAGGAGAGAAGAUGGGGCAAUUGUUCAACCUGCUGGAGGACAGUAUAAAAGGCACCCACUCUGGGGAAGAGCCACAGUCUUCGGCCCAGGCCAAGCCCCGCUCCUGUCCACACCUGCUGCUUCUUUUGCUCUCACCAUGAGCUGCCGCCUGCAGAGCUCUUCCGCCAGCUAUGGUGGUGGUUUUGGGGGUGGCUCUUGCCAGCUAGGAGGAGGCCGCAGUGUCUCUGCCUGCUCAACCCGCUUUGUCUCUGGGGGCUCAGCUGGGGGCUAUGGGGGCGGCAUGAGCUGUGGCUUUGGUGGAGGGGCUGGUAGUGGUUUUGGAGGUGGCUUUGGAGGUGGCCUUGGAGGUGGCCUUGGAGGUGGCUUUGGAGGUGGCCUUGGCGGUGGCUUUGGUGGGGGUUUUGGCGGUGGCUUUGGUGACUACGGUGGUGGUGAUGGAGGCCUCCUUUCUGGCAAUGAGAAGAUCACUAUGCAGAACCUCAACGACCGCCUGGCCUCCUACCUGGAGAAGGUGCGGGCCCUGGAGGAGGCCAACACAGAGCUGGAGGUCAAGAUCCGGGACUGGCACCAGAAGCAGAGCCCCAGCAGCCCGGAGCGGGACUACAGCCCCUACUUCAAGACCAUUGAGGAGCUCCGUGACAAGAUCCUGGCGGCCACCAUCGACAACAACCGGGUCAUCCUGGAGAUUGACAAUGCCCGGCUAGCGGCGGAUGACUUCAGGCUCAAGUACGAGAAUGAGCUGGCCCUGCGCCAGAGCGUGGAGGCCGACACCAAUGGCCUGCGGCGGGUGCUGGAUGAGCUGACCCUGUCCAAGGCCGACCUGGAGAUGCAGAUUGAGAGCCUGAACGAGGAGCUGGCCUACCUGAAGAAGAACCACGAGGAGGAGAUGAAGGAGUUCAGCAGUCAGGUGGUAGGCCAGGUCAACGUGGAGAUGGACGCCACCCCGGGCAUUGACCUGACCCGCGUGCUGGCCGAGAUGAGGGAGCAGUAUGAGGCCAUGGCGGAGAAGAACCGGCGGGAUGCCGAGGAAUGGUUCCACAGCAAGAGUGCAGAGCUGACCAAGGAGGUGACCUCUAGCACUGCCAUGAUCCAGACCAGCAAGACAGAGAUCACGGAGCUGAGGCGCACACUCCAGGGCCUGGAGAUUGAGCUGCAGUCCCAGCUCAGCAUGAAAGCCGGGCUGGAGGGCACCGUAGCAGAUACGGAGUGCCGCUACGCCACGCAGCUGCAGCAGAUCCAGGGGCUCAUUGGCAGCCUGGAGGCCCAGCUGAGCGAACUCCGCAGUGAGAUGGAGUGCCAGAACCAGGAGUACAAGACGCUGCUGGACAUCAAGUCGCGGCUGGAGCAGGAGAUCGCCACCUACCGCAGCCUGCUGGAGGGCCAGGAUGCCAGGAUGGCUGGCCUGACCUCCUCAGGAGGGAACUCCAGUGUCACAGUCACCACCACCAGCAGCAACUCUUCCGGUCGCCGCACUUCAGGCACCGGUAGGCUUUAAAUCCACUCGGCAUCUUCUCCCUCUGUCUUCAGCAUCCAGAGGAGAGAACUGAUGGGUCCCCGCUGGAGAAAGGGGGAGACCGCAGGGUGCUCCCUGGCCCCGCACUUUCCUGAGGGCGGGCGCUCCCUGCUUCUCUCCCCGUGGGCUUCCUCUUCUCCCUUACCUGGUUCCUCAGGCUUCUCAGCUUCUCUACUAAAAAGAAAAGAUAAUUCAAUAAAGUUUCCUGCUUUUUUU